GAUUAUAGAGUCAACAUCUUUCUAAGACAGAAGUGGAAUGACCCCAGGCUCAAAUUGCCCAAUGAUUGGAGGGGUUCAGAUACACUGACAGUGGACCCAACAAUGUUUAAAUGUCUUUGGAAACCAGACUUGUUCUUUGCAAAUGAAAAAAACGCUAACUUCCAUGACGUCACUCAAGAAAAUAUCCUUCUUUUUAUAUUUCGGGAUGGAGAUGUCCUAGUCAGCAUGAGAUUAUCUAUUACUCUGUCAUGCCCUUUGGACUUGACCUUAUUUCCUAUGGAUACCCAGCGCUGCAAGAUGCAACUGGAAAGCUUUGGUUACACAACUGAUGACUUACGCUUUAUCUGGCAAUCUGGAGAUCCUGUGCAGUUGGAGAAAAUUGCUCUGCCUCAAUUUGACAUUAAAAAAGAGGAUAUUGAAUAUGGUAACUGUACCAAAUAUUAUAAAGGCACAGGUUAUUAUACUUGUGUAGAAGUAAUCUUCACUUUAAGAAGACAAGUUGGAUUUUACAUGAUGGGUGUUUAUGCUCCUACACUGCUAAUUGUUGUUCUGUCCUGGCUGUCAUUUUGGAUCAAUCCUGAUGCAAGUGCUGCAAGAGUCCCACUGGGUAUUUUCUCAGUGCUGAGCUUGGCAUCUGAAUGUACUACUCUUGCUGCUGAACUUCCCAAAGUGUCUUACGUGAAGGCUUUAGAUGUGUGGCUGAUUGUUUGCCUUCUCUUUGGGUUUGCAUCGCUGGUUGAGUAUGCAGUGGUUCAGGUAAUGCUAAACAAUCCAAAAAGAAUUGAAGCUGAAAAAGCAAAGAUUGCCAAGGCAGAACAAGCAGAAGGAAAAGGUGGAAAUGCAGCCAAAAAGAACACUGUGAAUGGUACGGGGACUCCUGUCCACAUCAGCACUUUACAGGUUGGUGAGACCAGAUGCAAAAAAGUUUGCACUUCGAAAUCUGAUCUGAGAUCCAAUGAUUUCAGCAUUGUUGGAAGCUUGCCAAGAGAUUUUGAAUUAUCAAAUUAUGACUGUUAUGGGAAGCCCAUUGAAGUCAACAAUGGGCUCGGGAAAUCUCAAGCCAAGAACAACAAGAAGCCUCCUCCUCCCAAGCCUGUCAUUCCAUCAGCAGCAAAGCGAAUCGAUCUUUAUGCAAGAGCACUGUUUCCUUUUUGCUUCUUGUUCUUCAAUGUCAUAUACUGGUCGAUAUAUUUAUGAUGAAUCUUUUUCAUAUGUGUAAAAUAGACCCCAUCUCAUCACCCUCUUCCAGUCAUGAAGGCCACUGUGUGAAAUUAUUUGCAUUUGCAAAGCAAUAUGUUGCAUUUUGAUGCCAUGUGAUUGUACUGAAAAUAUGGCAUCUGAAAUUUGAAUGAAAGCAUGACAACGCAAUGUCUGUGCUCCAACUAAUGUUGUAUAUAACUGUACAGCAUACAUCCUGCUUUAGGAAUACAUGAAGGGUAACACACACUACAUUAUGAAGCUGAAUAACUCUUCAGUUAUUAGUAACCUACAGAGAUUUAAAGUGUUUCUGACAAUGAAACUGAUGUGCACGUUGAGUAUUAUUAAAAUCAGUAUUCUAGUGUAUGUAGUAUCUAACAGCUUUUCUGAGAACUUUCAGAGAAAAGAACAUACUGUUCCUAUAUAAUUUUAGAUGACACUGUUGAAGAAAAAGCUAAGUUGUGAUUUCUAUGAUUUAGUCUUUGUGAGGACAGUAUUGAAUAAGCUGAUCUUCUCUAUGUGGAAAAAAAAAAGAUCAGAGAAUUA